AUGAGUUAUGGCAUGACAAGAACCGGUCAUGUCUCACGGUUCGCCGAAUGGCUACCUCAUCGAGCUAUGUUGUGGAACCAUCAGUCUACGACAAUAUUUAAAGAAGCCCUUCCCACCAGUUUUGGGCAUCAACACUACGCCAACCAUAAUACAACCAAAACAACGAAAGAUUCUCAAACCUGCCAAGGUUCUGAUAUACUCGAUAACAUCCGAAAGGAUUUCACUUUCUUCACUUUGAUACACGGCGGAUACUACGCCGCAACAAACCUUACUUAUUAUAUCGGCUACUCCUCGAGAGAGCAACAAAAAACACCAAAUCUUCCAAGAUUACCAGAGAGCUUCCAACAGCUAUCUUAUUUCGCUCUUUCGGUCCUAGAACUUGACAGGCAAAGCAUAGCCAUGAUGUCUCUACGCUCCGAGCCCAAGAAAGACGAGGAGGUGAAGAAGGAGGAGGACCAGAGCCCUCCUCCUUACAAGACAGACGACGACUCCAAGAAAGAGGAAGAGGAUAAGAAGGAGGAGGAGUCAAAAAGCACCAUUUACCAGUGCGAGGAAUGCAACAUGUGGCUCGCUGCCAAGGGCGAAGAGCACACCUGUGACCCCAAAAACAAGGAGGUCUUCGGUUAG